UCCCUAAGAACGCGAGGAGGGAUGCGAGAUGUGAUGCAAGGCGCGUCGCUAACGUUGAAAUCGUUGUUGAAAUCUUUAGGAAAAUAUAGCGUUAGAUAGGAUAGAUUAGGCAGACGUGAACAUUAUGUCAUUGAUUUGCGCGCGUUCGGCCGCUUUGUAGAUUGGCCUCGAAUAUAGUUUUUAUCGCGCAAACACGUAUCUUCCCUUCUUUCGUUCGUAGUGAAAAAUGUCAGAUGUCGAGUCGAAAGAGACAGAGAGGGAGAACGAACGAACGGUCACGCGAUAACGGGGAAUACACGUAUUAUUUACCCAUAUUUUUCCUCCUUUGUUUAAAGUCGAGCCAACGUACUUACGUACUACGUGUUUUUUCGAUCGCUUUCUCUUUAUUACCAAGCUGUUUUUUUUUUAUCUUUUACUACCGCACCUGUAACUUCGACCAAGGAUGAGAGAAAAACAACGGCGCUGCUUUUACGAUGAAUCACUAUGAUGAAGAAGGCGGAUCGCAGCCGGAGGAUGACGUUGUUAAAAAAGAUAAAGAGUCGAGAGCCGGUACUACACGUCGACGUCCGCGAUUUGCUCGCUCGUUGUAACGACAAAGUAAAGUUACUCGUCUCGAGAAGGAAGGAAACAUACGUCAAGAUGCCAAGAUCAUGGAGAAUUUUUGGCCUCCUGUUGAUUCUGGUCUGUUUCGAGAUCAUCGAAUCCAAUCGUUGCCUUACGAAGUUAGAAGAAGUUAAUCCAAAACGAUUGGUCGUCUUCAAUGGUAAAACCAUUGGGUUACGAUUCGAAGUUUCGCGAAAGAUCACUCAGAGAUUAGUCACUCACGUUACCAAGAUCUUUUUGGAGGAGGUAUUAGGCUAUAUGGACGUAGAGAUAGUUGAGAAUGAUGACGAUUUUUACUUAACAGAUAUUUACGAAAGAUUAUCCGACACUUUGGUAUUCGGGGUCAGAAAGUUUCCCGAUACAAUGGUAAAUAUGGAAGUGUGGAUACCGCCGCAGGAGGAUACGAUACCGCUGUUGAACAAAUACGACGUGAAAGAAUGUGGAGCGGUCGCGCCGCCGGGACAUUUCGCCUGGUUCGUACCGGAGAAAUUGUACAACAUCGAGGAUAGCUGGGUGUCGUUUGUCAAACAGGAAAGAGCAGCUCGCUUCGACGUUUCCGAAUCGAAUCUACUUCGGAUCAAGGAUUUUACGAUCAAUCCGAUUACGAAUAGUUAUUACUGCGAGACGUCCUAUUGUCAGCACGGUAUGUACGUUCCUCGGCAAUGCCAAACUUCCGACAAACAGGCCCAACCUUGCGCUCUACUCUUGGCCGGUCAUCCCGACGUAACGUCCUUCGUCAAAGAGGAUAUCGAUAGUUUAAAUCUUUACGUCAAAGUAGCUUGGGUCGGAUCACAUUUGAGAGAGCUUACGAAAAGUCUGAUCGAGGAAUACACUAACGCGUCGACAAAUUCCUCUUCGAACAUCAGGCAAAGGUCGUUGGUCAUCGUUCAUUGGACACCGAGUACCGUGAUACCCAACGAGAGAGAUUUCGUGAGCAUCAAUUUUCCACGUUGCGGUACGAACAACUCGCAGCUCGGUUGUGCCUACGAAUCUAACAGACUGACCAAAGUCGUCUGGACGGGAUUGGAGUCGGCGGCAAAGUUUGCCUUUGAGAGCAUAAAUCGCGUCAAGUUUACGUCGGCGAUGUAUGAAAAUUUGAUCGAUCGGUACAACGUGCAUUCGAAGAACUUUGAUGAGGCGAAGAUCGGCUGUGGUUGGCUUACGGACAAUUUAAAUUAUGCGAUGUCCAAGUGGAUGCCGAACAAUGACGAUAAAAACACUCUUUACGUCGGUGGAAUAUUCCCAAUGACCGGCACGUCCUACACUGCCAAAUCUAUCGUGAUCGCUGCCAACAUGGCGAGAGAGGCGAUAAACUUUAACAAUAGUCUUUUGAGGGACUACAAUAUGGCGCUAUUGGCGAGCGAUGGCCAGUGCAAGUCCGACAUGGUAAUGAAAUCUUUCAUCGAUUACAUCGUCCAUAAUUAUUACGUGAGACUCGUCGGCGUUCUUGGACCUGCUUGCUCCGAAACCGUCGAACCCCUUGUCGGCGUGUCGAGGCAUUACAAUACCGUGAUCAUCAGUUAUAGCGCCGAAGGAUCCAGCUUCAAAGAUCGAAUUAGAUAUCCUUACUUCUUUAGGACGAUCGGUGAAAACAGACAAUACAAACACGUAUAUCUGUAUCUUCUUCAGCGAUUGGGUUGGCGCCGAGUUGCGUCGUUGACCGAGGAUGGACAAAAGUAUACGGAAUAUAUAUCGUAUAUGCAGGAUAUGCUGCGCGAUAAUGGCAUUACGUUCGUGGCGAAUGCAAAGUUUCCGAGAGAAUGGGAUCCUGACGUGAUAACGAAGAGCCUUCUAGAUUUGAAGCAGAAACGGGCAAGGAUAAUUAUCGCCGAUGUGUACGAUCAAGUCGCACGGCAAGUCAUGUGCGAAGCGUAUAAACUGGAAAUGACGGCUGUCCAAGGAUACGUUUGGUUCUUGCCUUUAUGGCUUCGACCGCAGUGGUACGAUACCGAUCAAUAUAACGCACAAGGCGAGCAGGUUCCGUGCAGUACGAUUGAGAUGACAAAAGCAAUAAAUGGGCAUCUUGGUCUGUCGCAUGCGUACUUUGCAUCGGACGAUGACAUCAUGCAGGAAGGUAUAACGGUACGGCAAUGGCGCGAUCGUUACGAGUCCUUGUGUAAAAUGCGAAAUCAGACGCCGUCCAAUUACGCUGGAUAUGCCUAUGACGCCAUGUGGACCUAUGCCUACGCGAUGGAUGCUCUAAUCAAAGAAAAUCAAAGCUACGUAUUUCGACUUCAUAGCGAGGAGACCGUCAAUCGUUUGACCAACAUUAUCGGUGCUACCGAUUUUAAUGGGGUUUCCGGUCGAAUCAAGUUCAUUGGCGGACCAUCGAGAUACUCCAUCAUUAAUGUUGUCCAAAAUAUUGAUAACGAAACGCGCAUCAUUGGAAAUUUUCAUCCAAACAUUUCAGAGACUGGAAGGGAAGUGAUAGGCGGUAGAUUGGAUUUGAACAUCUCCGCGUUUGUAUGGCUGUCGAAAGCUAUGCCCGACGACGGCUCCGAGCCUCCACCUAAAUGCGUUUUCAGCGGACUCGCUGAACUUUUAGAAGUUUCCUGCGAAGCGGCCAUCGUGAUCGUCAAUAUCAUCGGCUUCGGUCUCCUUGGAAUAUUGCUCAUCAUUGGUUUUAUUUUUGUCAAGAGAAAAUACGACGAGAAAGUUCGGCUUCACGAGAAAUAUAUGAAGUCUUUGGGACUUGACUUUUCCAAAUUGGAUACCUCGAGCUUAGACAAAUGGGACAUACCGCGAAAUAGAGUUGUGAUCAAUAGAAAGAUCGGCGAGGGUGCUUUCGGUACAGUAUACGGUGGCGAAACUUUCUUCCCUGAAAAGGGUUGGCUGGCUGUCGCGGUGAAGACAUUGAAAGUUGGAAGUUCGACCGACGAAAAAUCAGACUUUUUGGGCGAAUUUGAAGUUAUGAAAAGAUUCGAGCAUAAAAAUAUUAUCAAGCUGCUUGGCGUUUGCUUAAAGUCCGAACCUGUUCUCACGGUUAUGGAAUUCAUGCUGUACGGUGAUUUGAAAACGUAUCUACUCGCGAGAAGACAUUUGGUAAACGAUCAAAGCUACGAGGAUUCGGACGAGAUAUCGAAUAAAAAAUUAACAGCUAUGGCUUUGGACGUCGCAAGAGCUCUGAGUUAUUUAGCGCAAUUAAAAUAUGUUCAUAGAGAUGUUGCUUCUCGUAAUUGCCUGAUAAACGCACAACGAGUCGUUAAACUCGGCGACUUUGGUAUGACCAGGCCGAUGUACGAGAACGAUUAUUAUAGAUUUAAUAGAAAAGCAGGUAUGUUGCCCGUACGAUGGAUGGCACCAGAGUCCCUUGGUUUGGGAAUAUUUAGCGCUGCCUCCGACGUAUGGUCGUAUGGCGUUUUGCUCUACGAGAUUAUUACAUUUGGGAGCUUCCCUUUCCAAGGGAUGAGCAAUAACGAGGUUUUAGCUCACGUUAAGGCCGGCAAUUGUCUUGUAGUUCCUAAAGGUGUCAAGUCACCGCUAGAAAACUUGAUGUACUCUUGUUGGUCUGUAAAUCAACAUGAGAGACCAUCGGCACCGGAGAUCGUCGAGUUUUUGGCGACGAAUCCUCGAAUUUUAUCUCCUUGCCUCGACGUACCUCUUGCUAGUGUACAGCUUGAACACACCGGGCAAAUGGAGAUGCAUCUGACGGAUAGCGUGAGAAAAUUCUCUUUGCCCUGGUCGCAGCAACAACAGUCGUCUACGCAAUCGUCCGAUCCAACGUCGUCGAUUACGUCGAUCAGUCCGCCUCUACUCGAAAUAAAUUCCCACGAUGACAAUCAAAAUCUGGAGUUCUCUUCGGACAGAAGAAUUUCCAGUCAAGAUGGUACAAUUCCUUUGUUAGGUCUCGAAAGAACGAUAAAGGGGCCCGUUGCUUCUCGCCAGAAUUCCAACAAGCAACAGAAAGACAUUGUACACAAGUACGUCAAUCUUUUGCCAGGAAUGGUGACCUCGACGAGGCAACUUAGUAGGAAUGGCAAUACGGGAAACUUACAAACGGAAGAAAUGGUGUCCAUGAUGCCAAGGAAUAACAAGGACACCGAGGAAGUCUCCGUUCUCUGAUGUGGCCACUAGUCAAAAGUUUUGUUAGAUAAUGUAAGAGUUUAAUCGAUUACAGUUUGUGGCCAAAAAGUAACACAAAAGUAAAAAGUUUUACAAAAAGUAAAAGGGCUGCAAGUGUGUAUAACGUGCGUGGACGAUUUAUAAAGAGGCAGAAUAGAGCUUAGAAUUUAAAUCGACGGUUACUAGUUCGAGGUAUAUAUCUUUUGUUAGAACUUUUUAAGAGCCAAAGAAUAACAAUUUCGUUACAUUUGUUCUACCGAGAGAGUUUAUGGUAGAGCCAAUUGAUGAUCAAGCUUUGAAUCGUUGCCAAAAUUCUUGGCCAGUUUUACUAGCUACGGCUAUUCCAAAACAAUGUAUACCAAAAUAUUCUUCCUUUUUUAAUGUACGAUCUAUGUACUAGAUGUGCGAUCAAUAAUUGCGCCGCUUUCCUAAAAAUAUGAGGGUGCGACCAGAAGGUUAAACGUUCGACGAUGUCUUAAAGCUCGUUGAAGAUUUUUUGGAGUAUAAAUAAAACGAAGUGAGAGAUUUAAAAUAGAUCUCUAGACGAUAUUCCGUCGCAUUAGUCGGUCGAAAGAUAUAAUAGGAUACUUAAAUGGAUUGCGUAUAGCUUUCGUUAGCAAUAAGACGCACGCGUUAAAAACGUCGACGGUCGAGACAUUUUGUAGUAAGAAAAUACUGGCCAAUCUGAUCCUAAAUUGUACAUCGAUUGACUUCCGCUCGAUCUACUUUUGAGACUGAUACAUACAUAGUAAAAUUAAGCCAUGUUUAUUACGAUCUGAUGUUAUCGAUAUAAAGAGACACUAUUUCACCAACGACAAUAUUAAUAUCUGCGUAAGUAAUUUUUUAUAGCGACUUACUCUAAGAGGAAAAGAAACAAAUUUGCAUUUUCUUCCUUUCUCAAAUUAUAGAAUUAUAUCUUAUCGCAAAGAGAUUAAUUUUACAGAGUCAUCGUGUUUCCUCACUUUUUCUCACUUUAUAUAGAUGUCUAUAUUUAUUCAUUUUUAUAAUAUCACGAAAAGAGAGAUGGCUCGUUUUAAAUAGAGCCCGAAUAGUAUAAUAUUCCGUAAGACUUUUGGAUUAAAAGAAGAAAAAAGAGAAAAGAGAAAAAAAAAGAAAAAAAAAAAAACAAAAGAA